AUGUCCAAGAAGGAACACCCCACAGAACUCGACAAGAGUUCGACAGUACACGAUGAACAUGCUGACACCAAUACGCUUGCUCUACUAUCCUCUGAAGUGAAGUAUGACGCCGGAAAGCUCAGUGACCUCAUCCACAACCCCUACGCAUUCGGUGCUGCCUUCUUGGCAUCAUUCGGUGGUUUUUCAUUUGGCUACGAUCAAGGUGUCAUAUCGAUCAUUCUCGUCAUGCCCCAAUUCCGACAGCAAUUCCCCGAAACGUCCCCGGACCAUGCACACUAUGGCUUCAAUGUGGGACUUAUGGCUGGGAUGCUUGAACUGGGGGCUUUCAUCGGUUGCCUGUUCUUUCCUGCCGUCGCCGAUCGGAUAUCUCGAAAAUGGGGAUUGACCGUGGCCACAUUAUUCUUCGUAAUAGGUGCCACCAUUCAAACCGCCGCGCAAAAUUAUGCUACAAUCGUGGCCGGUCGAUUUAUCGGGGGGAUUGGCGUCGGCACCUUGGCAAUGGGUGCCCCAUUGUAUAUAUCCGAGAUCUCCCCGCCUGCAUGGCGUGGAUCAUUCUUGGUUCUGGAGGCAAUCAGCAUCGUCAUCGGAGCAAUUGUAUCGUACUGGAUCACUUAUGGAACAAGAUCCAUCCCCAGUGAUUGGGCGUUCCGGCUCCCGUUUCUCCUCCAGAUAUUUCCGGCCCUUGUUGUGGGCAUAGGCAUCCAUCUAUUUCCCUUCUCGCCCCGCUGGCUGGCGAUGAGAGGUCGGGAUCAGGACUCUCUCAGCUGUUUGGCGAAAUUGCGCAAACGGUCGCCGCAAGACGAGAAGGUGCAACUGGAAUGGAAAGGAAUCUUGUCGGAGGUCAGAUUCCAGCAGGCGCUCCUCGAAAGAGAGUAUUCAAACUACGCUCGUUAUCCGCUCCUUGUCGGCGUUGAACAGUGGGUUGAUCUCUUUCGGCCAGAAUACCUCAGGAGGACUGUUGUUGCCUUGGCCAUUCCGUUCUUCCAGCAGUUUUCGGGGAUCAACGCUUUCGUGUAUUAUGCGCCCACAUUCUUCGAAGCCCUGGGACAGAGUGACAAUAAUUCACUGAUUCUCUCAGGCAUGGUCAAUGUCUGUCAAUUCGUCGGAGGCGUCCCAAUUAUGCUGUAUCUGGAUCGGGUGGGGCGGCGUAAACUGGCCAUCUACGGGGGAAUAGCCAUGGCAAUUCCGCAUCUCGUAAUGGCGGGGUUAAUGAACCGAUUCAGUAGCGACUGGGUUACACAUCAAGCAGUGGGGUGGUUCUGUGUGGCCCUGAUUUACCUAUAUGUGCUCUCCUACAGCAUCUCGUACGGUCCAUUGGCAUGGGUCCUUCCUGCGGAGGUGUUUCCUAGCUCCAAACGUGCCAAGGGGGUUGGUGCCGCUACGGGGAUGAUUUGGUUGGCCAACUUCAUUAUCGGGGUUGUCGUGCCGGAGAUGCUCCUUAAGCUCGGAUGGGGGACGUAUCUCUUCUUUGGUAUUUUCUGUGCGGCUGCUGCCGUAUUUUCAUUCUUCUUGGUUCCAGAGACAUCAAACAAGUCGUUAGAGCAAGUCGCCGCGGUAUUCGGUGACGAACUCAUUGAUGAAGAGCGGAACCUGCAAAGCCGCAUUGCCGGCGAGGUGUGGCAUGGCUAUGGCAGUCAUGCGGAGAAGGAAGCGCGGGUGUGA